CAGAGAGAUGAAUACCGACAGCACUAACAGCUGCACUGAACUAAAAAACUCAGGUGAUCAAAAUGAACCUAGUCGUUACAGCUGUGGAGAUGAUGUCUCAGGCAAUGAAUCCAGUGAUGCUCCAAAACUGACAGAGACAGAGCGUCAGGAGAAAUUCAAUCGCCAUAAGGAGGAAAUGCAAAAGAAGAAACGCCGGAAGAAGAGAACCUCAUCAUGGCACUCGUCUACAUUUCAAGAGUUAUACAAACUAACCGGUGAAAUAUUGGGUGAGGGCGCCUACGCCUCCGUUCAAACCUGUGUCAGCAUUUACACCGAUCUCGAAUAUGCUGUCAAGGUUAUCGAUAAAAUUCCCGGUCAUGCACGUUCUCGUGUCUUUCGUGAAGUGGAAACAUUCCGCCAUUGCGAAGGUCAUCCCGGCAUUUUACAACUUUUGGAAUUCUUCGAAGAUGAUGAUAAAUUUUAUUUGGUUUUUGAAAAAAUCAAUGGUGGUGCACUGCUGAGCCGCAUCCAGGAGCAUAUUUGUUUCUCGGAAAAUGAUGCUGCACAAAUCAUUAAGGAAAUUGCCACUAGUUUGGAUUUCAUCCAUAAGAAGGGCAUUGCACAUCGUGAUCUCAAGCCAGAGAAUAUAUUGUGCGUCUAUCCGGACAAGCUGUGCCCCAUUAAGAUAUGUGAUUUCGAUUUGGGUUCGGGUAUAACGUUUACCGCUGAUAUUUCAUCACCGGUGGCAACGCCACAACUUUUAACGCCGGUUGGCAGUGCCGAAUUUAUGGCCCCGGAAGUUGUUAAUUUAUUUGUUGGCGAAUCCAAUUAUUAUGAUAAACGCUGUGAUUUGUGGUCUUUGGGAGUAAUUGCCUAUAUCUUAUUGUGCGGUUAUCCACCAUUUUCGGGUAAUUGCGAUGAAGAUUGCGGCUGGAAUCGUGGUGAAAAUUGUCGCCGUUGCCAAGAGCUACUAUUCGAGUCUAUACAAGAUGGACGUUUUUACUUUCCUGAUCCAGACUGGACUGAUGUAAGUGAAGAGGCAAAAGAUUUAAUUCGUGGCCUUUUGGUUAAGGACGCACCCAAACGUUUAAGUGCCGAGGCCGUAUUGAAUCAUCCAUGGAUAAAAUUCUCCGAAAUGGAACCUGUCGAUAGCAUGAAAAUGCAAAAUAGACGUAAAGCUUUAUUAACUGCAGGAAAUAUAAGACGCAAUAAAUCGGCUCGUGAAAUUUCACGUUUUGCCGAAUCCGCCAUGGCUGUGAAGCGUGUUAUCCUGCAACAUUUCUCGAUGCGUUACGAUUAUAUGAUGGAACGUCCCAAUAUCUAUCAAUCUUCCCAGAAUGGUGGCCACCACCCCGAAGAGCCCAAGGAAUUGUUGCCAUUUAAAGCCCAUCGUUCCAAGAGCCGUCAUCGCCCCUCACCUUUGAAUAUCCAACAAUCGAUUAAUAAUUAUGCCACCAGCAGCAGUGGUGGUGAUGCAGGAGAAGGUUUAAUGUUACCACCACCCCCACCACCAGCAAUCAAUUGCAAUAAAUCAUCAUCUCGAUUGUAUAAUACCACCUCGAUUAAUUUCUCUUUAUUGAAUACCCACAAUGAGGAAGAAGAUGUUGUGGAAAAUGAUCAGCAGCAAUAUCAGGAGAAUUCCGAUAAUAAUAAAAAUCAACUCUCCACCUAUUGGCAUAAUUUAGAUGAUAGUGGGGGUGAUGAUGGCGGCGAUGAUUGGAACAAGGAUUUGAUUUUGGAUAAUAAUGGUGGCUGUAGUAGUAUUGGGGAAAUAAUUUCAAAGUCUGAUUACAAUAUUUUACAAACACCCAAGGUCUAUGAAAAUGAGGAGGAAGAUGAUGACGAGGAUGAUGAUGUCUUUAAGAAAGAUUCAUGGGUCCAUGAUCUGGAGGAUUUAGAUCAACCCGUUUAUGGGAAAUAUAAAUAUCUGGAUGAAGAUGACCAAGUGAUGAUUGAGGCCAACGAUUUGCAAGAUGCUAAUCAUGAAGAUAAGCAUCUUAACAACGAUGAUGAUGAUAAGCAACAGCAGCAACAGCAGGCAGUUAAUAAUGAUAUAUUGGAAAGUAUCAGUGAUUUAAAGGCAAUGCUACCUGAUGUAAUAAUUGAUGAGACUGGCAAUAAAAUUGAUCAAAUCAAUUGCAAUCAAAAUAAAGAAGAUGAUGAUGAAGAUGUUAACGAAGUUGUAGAAGCAGACAACAACAACAAAAAUGCUGAGUUAGACGAGGACGAUGAUGAUGAUGACGAAGAUGUGGUUGGUGAUGCUGUUGUUAAUGGAGAAAAACAACAUCUGAAAAAUUACAAAAACCAACAACAACAACCCCAAAGGAAAUUGAAGAAGAUGAAGAAAAAAUCCCCAAAAGCUAGGAGUGCUGUUGAUGAUUAUGAUGAGGAAGAAGAUGAUGAAGACGAUGAUGAUGAUGAUGUAAACGAUGCCGUGCCAGCAAGUCAAGUACCUAUGAUAACUAUUAUAACUACAAGCCCACCACAAUUAAAGAAAAAGAAGAACAAGAAGAAGAAGAAGCACACCUUUGAGCAGAGGAGUGAUAAAGAGGAGAAAAUGGAUAUGGAAAAGAAAUUGCAUAGCAAUUCGUCCUCUUCACCCUCGCCCAGGACUUCAUCAAUACUCAAGACCACCAGCAGCAGCAGCAGGACCUCACCAAUUCCAGCUCCCCAGCGUUGUGUUUAUUUCGUGGACAACAACAACGAAGAUGAUGAUGCCUAUCAUAAUUAUGAUGCCGAACUGGAGGAUGAUGAUGACGAUGAAGGUUUGGAGGAAGGUGAUGAUGAUGAUGAUGAGGAGGAAGUUGGAAAUGUAAAUGGCAGUGUUGUGGAUAACAAAUCCACUUUUAUCAAGCCACGUGAUCCCAAAAGAAUCAUCCCACACAAUGCUGAUGAUGAUGAUGAGGGCAUAUUUAAGAAGCCUCUACAAUUUCAACAUUUCAAUAAGACACGCAAACAACACCAACAACAACAAAAACCACGUUAUAUUAGCCACACCAAUAAUAAUCAGGAGAAGAAGAAACCUUUGGAAAAUUGGCGCGAACACAAUCAUUCAUAUCGUAACAAUAGCAACAACAACAACGAUAAGCAACGUUAUUAUGAUUAUCCCGUUAACAACAACUCGGGAACCUCCUCGGCUGUGGGCAAUUUUCCACGUUAUGGCUCCCAGCAGCAGCAAAUUGCCAAUCGUUGUAAUCCCUAUAUGUUGCCUAGUUAUUGUUAUCGCCAACAGCAGCAGCAACAGGAGAAUAAUCCACGUGGCAAUCAUGGUGGCAAUAGCAGCAGCAGCAGUGGUGGUGGCAAACGUAUUGGUUCCGGUCGUAUCCCAGUGCGCAACAGUGAUAAAGAAAAGCAUUUCCAAAAUUCUUAUCAAUUUGGUUCUUCCUAUGAUUCAUCGUAUAAUAGUUCAUCACCGAUUAAUAUUGGCCUAUCGCCAACUGCCGAAAGUUUCCUGAAGCAAAGGCAACAAAGAAUGCAACAGCAACAACAACAACAGCGUAAUUAUGAAAUCAUACCCGGUGGAGGUGGUUUGGGAUCAUCACCACCGAACCGAGGUGGUUUGGGAUCAUCACCACCAAACCUAUCAUCGUCACCAUUCUAUCAACAUUUUGGUCCAAAGCCACACCAACAACACCAACCCUUCAAGCAUCACCCCUCGAAGGCCUAA